UUAAAUACACUCGUGUUCUAUACUUUCUGAGUCAAAUGGCGUAAAGACUAGUUUGACACUGAAUUUUAAUUUAAUCAAGACUAGUUCCAUUAUAUUAUUACAUCAAUAAAAUGGAUACAAGCGUUUUGGAGUGGAAAAAGGUUGAUCUAUUCAAUAUAAUCGCAUUACCAUAUGUAAAAUGUCCGACGACGUCAGAAAUAUCGUGCUACUGUUGUAACGAUUCCAAAUCAAACACUGAGGACUUAAAAAUAAGGAUAGUCAUAUGUGAUCAAAACAAAAAUAUUCAUGUAUACCCUUCGAGUUGGGAUUGUAUUUCAUUUAAAUCUCAAGCAACGCGGAACAUUAUAAGACUUUGUUCUCUUACUUCAAAUAAUUGGCUUGCGACUGCCACACAGGAUAUUAAUUUUGGAAUUUAUAUUGACAUAUACGAUUUAAGAAGAUUAACAAAAAAGCAAGGAGCUCCGAUAAUUGGAUCCGCAUUUUUUCAAGUCGCGAGUACUGCUUCAUGCAUUGAUGCAGAAGUCAUCGAUGAAAAAUUUCUUGCAGUAGCCAUAGGAUUAGAAUGUGGUGAUAUUCUGUUACAUUAUGGAAAAAUUAAUCGACUUUUUUCUCAAAAUAUUCGCCAACACACUGUAUCUGGAUACCCAAUUAAUGGUGUUCAUUUCGACAUUAAAGCUCAGCAAUCGGAUAUGCAAACUAAAAUCAUGUUUGUAACAUGUUUUCAAGGAGUUUAUUGUUUUGAGUUAAAAGAUAAAAGCUGUAUGGAUAAACGAUUUAUGCUUGAUAAUGAUAACGAUACAACAUAUAAUAAUCAUUGCUGCACGAUGCGUAAGACUGAUAACGGAGAUUUGGAAGAGUCGAUGUUGGUAGUGGGACGAGAAGAUGCUGUUUAUUGUUACACCCAUGAUGGAAGGGGUCCCUGUUUUGCUAUUAAAGGCACAAAAAAAUGUCUUGCUUGGGUAGGUCAUUAUCUGGUCGUCGCCAUUAGUCCCAAAAAAUCUAUUUUAAGCACUUCGACUAUAAUUGUUGUAGAUACCGACAACAAAAUUAUAGUUUUUCAAAAGCAAUUUCAAGAUUUCUUUUGUACAAUCAGUGAAGAGAAUUUUUGUUAUUUUAUAAGUAAUACUCCCCAAGAAAAUACUUGCAACGUAUUUAUGUUGGAGCAGCAUAAUAUAAGUAGUACAAUACGCCUCCUAGUUGAAAAAAAUAUGUACGAUAUUGCAUUGAGGUUUUUACAUCGAGAAGGCAGUAUUUCUUCACCGGAAGCUGCUUUUGUACGGUUUCAGUAUGGAAAUCAUUUACUUUUAAAAGGAGACAUAAGUAGAGCAGUUAAAGAAUUUAUUAAAACAAUUGGUUUUGUUAAGCCAUAUGCUGUAAUAUCAAAACUUGCAUAUUCCCGAUAUAAUAGUUAUCUAAUAGACUACUUAUCUGAAUGGAUAAAAAUUGACAAGACUUCAAAGUAUAAUACAGCACUUAUUGAAUGCUGCAUGAAUCGUAAGCAAAUAGAACAAAAAAUGCAGCAGUUGACGGAUGGAGUUGAUUCUCUGAAUUUUACAAGGCCUUUGGUAUUGAAAGAUCUUUCAGAUUUAUCAAAAAUGUUUUUCGAAUGUACACUUCGAAACCAGGACAAAGUUGAAGGAGAUUCUCUACUACAUCGAUUUUUGGAAUAUGGAUCAGAAACGCUACUAGUAGAUCCCACUACAUAUUUGGAGCAUAUUAAUUCGGAAAAUGUUAAAAAAUGUAAAAAUAUUCUAUCUUUUAUUUCCAUUUUAACGGAUCAAAACGAUUAUUGUGCCAAAAUUUUAGCUAACAUCAUUGAAACGUUUCCAGCCUGUGAUGAAAAGUUAUAUUAUUAUUUACUUGUUUUAUAUCUUGAUUUAUGGCGAGGAAACAAAGUUACUACAUGUUUUGUUUUAGACUUUUUAAAAAAAGAUUGUUUGCGUUUGGAUAAGGUUUUAAUUAUUUGUAGACUUUACUCAUUUUUCAAUGGAUUAAAAGAAAUUCAUAAUUUCCAACAGAGUGCCGGUAUACUUCACCACGAAACAAUAAAUAAAUGUAUUCAUACCCUAAUUAAAAAUAAUCCAGAAGUCGGCUUAAAUUUGAGUAUAAGUAAAAGAUCAUUUCUUAUGAUGUUAAAAAGCUUUUGCUCCAAUAAUGAAGUAAAAGUAUUUAAGAUUAAACCUGUUUUCAAGGAAGAAAUUAUGCGUCAAUUAGUGGAUUCAUCAAAUGAACUACAAUUAAUUGAACAUUUUCAAGAUAAUAUAAAAAGAUCUAGUUGCAUACUCUCCCUCUAUACAAACAAUCCAAUAGAAUUUCGUAAUGAUACAUGUGAUAUUUGUCGUGAAACCUUGAAUAUGCAGUCCAUUUAUUUUCUUUGUCAACAUUCGUUUCAUAAAGAAUGCCUAAAUUACAGUUUGGUGAAACGUCAAGAUCAAAUUAUGUGUGCUGUUUGUAAAGCAAAUACACAAAUUUUCAAUGAAGAAAAUAAAAACAAUUUUAACUCGGAUUCUUCAAAUAUUAUUGCUGUGAUUGCCAAAGUAGUAGCUUUAGGAAUUAUGAAUCUAGGAAAUAAAAGUAUUAUUGAUAAAUCAGUUCAAACCAUAACACAAAGGAAUGGUCAGAGCACCAAAGCAAAUUUAAAUUCCUUAGAUUAAAUAACAGUUUUGAUUAAAAUUCAAAUUUUUUGAGAUGUAGUUUUAAAAUA